AUGGCACGUCGGAAAGCCGCUGUGCUUUUACCGCUCUGCUUGGCGGCCGGGUGCGGCUUUGUGGUGCCGAAGUUGGCACCGACCUGGGCACCUCAGCGGGCCCCACUCCGACAGCGGGCCCCAGCAACUGUCGCUAGACAAUCCUUUGCUGCAGGCCAACUGCUCCUGCCUUUCGCUGCUUCCGUCCUCACCGGUGUCCUGGGCCUCGAGGCAGUGCGGCAGUUGAACGAGGGAUCCGCCUUGAAGGAUCUCAUAAAGAAGUACACCAGCAUCAUAGUGGUGGACUCGCCAGAAGGCAUGCCUUCUUCUCCGCCCACGGAUGGGGUGUAUUGGUACAUCAAAGAUCCGGAUGUGUACCGGCGCGUGCUCGUGCAGGGUGAUUUAGGCUUAGGCGAGAGUUACAUGGAUGGACAAUGGGAGUCCAAUGAUCUGGAAGGUUUUGUCUUUGAGAUGCUGAAACUAGAGGUGGUCAAGAAGGAUUUGGGACUUUUGGGCUUGCCGCUCUUGAGCAGCGCGAUUGUGGGCAGCGUGAGCUGGCUGCUUUUCCCAACCAACUUGUCAGCAUCAGGUGCCAAGGAAAACAUCGCCAAGCACUACGAUAUCUCCAUGAAGCUUUACGAGCAGAUGUUAGGCCCCACCAUGAUGUACUCGGGUGCUUACUACCAUACUCCAGAAAUGACCUUGGAAGAGGCGCAAAUAGCCAAGAUGCGACUGGUGGCCGACAAGCUGGACCUGAAGCCAGGGAUGAAGGUCCUGGAGCUCGGCUGCGGCUUUGGCGCCCUGGCGGAUUUGAUGGCCACCGAGUAUGGCGUCCACGUCACGGGAGUGACCCUGUCAGAGGACCAGCACGCCUACGCAAAGAAGCAUUUCAAGAAUCCCAUGGUGGACAUUAGACUGCAAGACUAUCGGAGCAUGACUGGACAGUUUGAUCGCAUUUACUCUGUAGGCAUCUUCGAACACAUCGGACGGAACUGUUACGAGACAUAUUUCGAGAAAUGCCAGGAGCUUCUGAAGGAUGACGGCAUUAUGGUCAUCCACACCAUUGGCUUUUGCAGAAGUGGACAGUGGAAUCAUGGCGGUUGGAUGAACACCUACAUUUUUCCUGGUGCAGAACUGCCGACGAUGUCGCAUUUCACGCAAGGCUUUCAGGACUCUUGGGUGGACUGA